AUGAGUGAGAAGAAUUUGGUGAACGAUGAAGUUGACUCAGAAGAUGAUGAAGACGACGACUAUUGUCCCGCAGAUAAUAACAAACAACAAUCAGACUCAAGUGCUGAUUCAGAGGAUGACGACGAAGGUGAUGCCAAGGAAGAAUCAGAAACUACGAAGAAAAAUGAAUUGAACGUUGCACCUUACGAUGAAUCAAAAGUCAAUGAACUAUGGAAGAACUUUACAAGUACGACGGCAAAACCAGUAGAGAAUGUGAAAUCAACCGAGUCAAAGCCAGCAACUAAAAUAUUCGAAUACGCUGGUGAAAAAGUCUCGGUACCGAUCACAACACCACCAACAGUAAAAGAAACAUCUAAUCCAUCGAUAAAGCGGCCAGCUGCAACAUCUGGUUCUGUACUCGAUCGUCUUGGCAUCGGGAACAAAAAGCAAAAACUCUCCACAUUGGAAAAAUCUCGUCUGGAUUGGAGUGCUCACAAAGACUCCGAAGCACUGACAGAUGAUCUCGAUUCCCAUCGACGUAGUAAAGACUCUUAUGUAGAAAAGAAAGCAUUCUUAGAACGAACUGAACUGCGUCAACAUGAUCAUUUUUUAACUCAUGUAAAAAAGAAAUGA